AUAUAUAAAAAUCGUAGUUACAUAUCGUACACUCUUACACAUAUUAGUGUGAAAACAAGACCCAUUAAAUUCAAUUGGAUAUACCAUACUAUUCACAACACAAGAUAAGAAAAAGUAUAUAAAAGAAAAACAUAAAAGUAAAGUGGCCGAAAAAAAAAAAGACACAAUCAUUGUUCAUAAAAGGUUAAAGCCUUAAAGGUGGUAUUUCUUCCUUUCACUCAACAUCAAAAAAAAACUUUGGCUAUAUAUUAAGCUUUUUUGUUACUUUGGUUUUCAUUUUAACAGCUAACAAGCAACAACACAAAUUCUUUCACAACUUGUGCUUCCUUAGUUGAAAAUUAUUGCCUAUUUAUAAUUGAUCAUAACCUAUUUUUUUUGUACAAUAUUCUUUUUCAAUAUUACUCCCAAUUUUCUCCCACUUCAAAUUAUCCUCAAAAAAAAAAAAAAAAAAGGGGUUCAGAAAGUUUGAUGAUUAGUUAUUAAUUAGCUAUUAUCAUCAUUAAAUAAAGAGAUUAAUAAUUCAGGUGUGCGUGGUAUUAUUGAAGGAGGACUUAACUACACUAAGCUAGCAUCAAUGUCUGCUAAAAAAGGUGAUAAGAAGAAGGCAUUAUACAGUGAAGAUUUCCAAGCAAUGUUAGAAAGAUUAGAGGAGGAAGACAAUGCAGAUACAAGUCGACAAUUGAUGAAAAAGAGCAGAUUAUGCUUAGAAAAAGUUAAGGCUUUAGAGAAGCAUUUUGAAGUGGAAAACAAGUUACAACCGGAAAGGAAAGUGAAGAUAGCUGAAGAAGUAGGGCUUGAGCCAAGGCAGGUAGCCAUUUGGUUCCAAAAUCGUCGAGCUCGAUGGAGGGCUAAGCAAUUGGAGAGGGAGUAUGGUGAUCUUCGCGCUAGUUAUGAUGCUCUUAAGCAUGAUUAUGGUUCCCUUGAGCAAGAAAAGGUUGAUCUACUUGGCCAGCUUAAUGACUUGAGAUCGAAGAUUGAAUCAAGAAACUCUGAGAUGACUACUACUAAUACUCUUUCAAAUCCAAUCACGAUAAAUUCGACCAAUAUCAUGAAUGAAGGCACUUGUAUGAAUGUCCCAUUACAAGCAUCUCCAACCCCUUCUUGUAGGACGUUGGAUCCAUAUGAUAUGUCAUCAUCGACGGUGACUGCAACGACGUUAUCAUUGGAUGGACUUCAGUUAUGCAAAGCUUAUCAAGACCAAAUAAUAAAGAUGGAAGAACUGGGUGUCCAUAAUAUGAACAAUGACAUUUCAGGCAAUUUUUUUUCGGUUGAUCAAGCUCCUACCUUGCAUUAUUGGUACAAUAGUGAUCAGUUUAACUAAUAUGUAGCUUAGUGUAAUAUUAGGUUAUUAUGACAAAAUAUAAUGUUUAUAUUAUAUGGUAAUAAGCCAUAUAAAUAUUAUAGGUAGAUUUUAAAAAAAGGUACGAUUUUAUAAGUUUAUGUAUGGACACCUACUACAAAUCAUGUACGAUUUUAUAAGUUUGUUGAGUUUUGUGUGCAUGCAUGGUGCAUAUGAAUGUUUUGACUUGUGAUCUUAUUGGUACAAGGUUUGUGUUUAUCUGUA